AUGGCUCUCUACCACGGCCGCCUGCCGCCGCUCGGAGUGCCCCCGCUCAUCUACCUGUACGGGCGGGACGGUGGAGGGGUCGUGCCCGCCGCCCUGAGCUUCGUGUCCGGCCAGGAGCCUCCGCAGAAGCCGCCCUACAGCUACAUCGCGCUCAUCGCCAUGGCCAUCAAGAGCGCGCCGGAGCAGCGCGCAACGCUCAGCGGCAUCUACCAGUUCAUCAUGGACCGGUUCCCCUUCUACCACGACAACAAGCAGGGCUGGCAGAACUCCAUCCGCCACAACCUGUCCCUGAACGACUGCUUCAUCAAGGUGCCCAGGGAGAAGGGCCGGCCCGGCAAGGGCAGCUACUGGACGCUGGACACCAAGUGCCUGGACAUGUUUGAGAACGGGAACUACCGACGGAGGAAGAGGAAGGCGAAAGGUCACCAGGAGGCUGUGGAGUCCAGAGCCGCUGGACACAAGCGCACCAAGGGCCCGGGGCCACCGAGGGCCCCUCACUCCUCCGCGAGGCACCACACCGGCUCGGAGAUGGAAAAGGCUCCAGCGAGGCAGGAGGCGGAGAGGACAGAAACACAAGCGGACACCGGGUCUGUUCUUGUCGAGAUUAACCAGGAGGAGCCGCCACAAAGUCCCGGGCACAGACUGAAAGUUCUCCCGGGUUCAUCCAUCGAGAGGCGGCCGGAGCCGGGUCCCGCUCCCAGACACGCGUCCCUGUGGAUGGACGGCGCGCACCUCCUCGGCGCAUCCUUCCGCUGGGAGACGGAGGACAGAAGGUUCGCGUUCAGCGGAAGAGACAGAGACAGAGGUCCGCUCUGCGCCGUCAGCUGCGGGGGGAACACGAACUUGGCUGCACCUGCGCCGGAGAGUCCGAAAGGAGCCGUUCCGAGCCGGGACAAAUCGAAAGGUUUUAGCAUCGACAGCAUCUUAUCGAAAAAUGACGGCGAGACGCGCGGCAGCCUCCUCGGUUUGCACGCGGACACGUACGCGGAGAACCCAGGUUUCAGUUCGUCUCUGGUCCUCGGUGCUCGGCCUCAUCACCUGCACCAGAUGGGAUUCCCCCUCUCCUCCUACCUGUCACUCAGCUACCCAGACAAAGUACUGCAUUUUAAAUGAGCACCGCCAUGAAUCCAGACUGUAUUUUACGCACGGACGCCUGAAGUUGUAAAGUGUUUAAAGCUUCACAUGCUUCGUCCCAUUGAGACAUGUUCCUCCUCUUCUUCUUAUUUCAGGACCUGUGACACGUUCUUCAUCCUCAGAAGCGAUCAGACAACGACAGAGAGCAGCCGGAAGGCUUUUAAAUUCAUCUUUACGCAUGCGUAAUUGUCAGGACUGUGGUUAUAUGGCACACAUCUUCCCCAACAGAAAUUGCCUGAUACAACAGAAAGCUGAAAGUUUAUAACGAUCCUGUCAAUGUCGUGUGAAUAUUUAGGGAAAGCUCAACAUUUCUCACUUCAUACAUGACGAAGA